CCUCGACUGUGUUUUGAUUUUCAUUCGAUUGAAUUUUGAAACCUUAGUUACAACUUGUGUUGAUCCUAAAUGAUUUACCACAUCGUUUUUGUAGAUAAUUGUUAAACACGAUGAGUUUACUUUGAAAACAGCUGUAUUGUAUUUCCGGUCGGAGCACUAGUUGCAGCAGCUGCCUUGACAGACUGGAGGCGAGGCGAAGUUCCUAAAAGAAGAACACUUAAAACAAUUUAGCAGCAGCAAGCACACAUCAAAUAGAUGCAAACUACUUAAAUAUUCUCUAUUUUUUUACAAACACAUGGUUUCAUUUGUUUUAACGAGAGCUAACGUCGGUGGACGAUGCAAAUUAACGUUGUUGGGUUUCAGCCAUGACCAUCAGCAUGCACUGAACACCAACACAAGGGGGAUGCUCUUGUAGUCCUUUUUGACUCCCGCCUCGGCCCGGUGUCCCCCUCCUCCUCCUGGGACCAAUGACUGGACCCAACUCCCCGAGCCGGACUAGCAACGGCCCGGCCAAGCUGAGUAGGCUUGGCCGCUCCAAGAGCACCAGCGCUCACUGCCUGCUCCGCCACAGCGCCCAGGAGGAGUCGAGCGCCUCCAUCCCCAACAACGGGUCUCGCUCGCCAGCCGAGGAGGAAGAGAAGGACGGAGGGGUCUUCUUCUACGUCAACCGGGCCGGGUUUCCCAUUGAGGGCGGUACCUGGGAUAGGAUGUGGACCCAUGUGGCCGCUGUGCACCCUGAGGGCCAGGAGAUGGUAGACAAGAUACGCAACGCCGCAUAUCUCCCUAAACAUCACGUUCCCUCGCUUCCUACGUUUAAGCCGUCCAUGUCAGUGCAAGACUGGCUGGUGCUGGUCCAGAACUUCAUGAAGGCUCUGCAAUACAACCACACGGGCACGCAAUUCUUUGAGAUCAAGAAGAACCGUCCUCUCAGCGGGUUAAUGGAGACUGCACGAGAGAUGAUCAGGGAGUCUCUGCCAAUUAAAUGUCUGGAAGCUGUCAUCUUGGGAAUCUACAUGACCAAUGGCCUGAUGUCUCUAGAAAGAUUCCCCAUCAGCUUUAAGACUCACUUCUCAGGUCACUGCUUCCAUCACGUCGUGCUCGGCGUCUACUGCAAUGGACGCUACGGCUCGCUCGGCAUGAGCCGCCGGCCGGACCUCAUGGACAAGCCGCUUAUCCACCGAACCCUCGGCGAGCUGGUGGCUGAGUUGGAAAGCUCCUACAAACGAUACCAGCACAUCCUCAAGAAGGUGAAGAUCGGCCUAUACGUGCCUCAUGACCCCCACGUGUGUCAGUCCAUAGAGUGGAAGUAUUUGGUGCUAAAUGCUGCAAAACUGGGCCCUCAGGAGAUGAAGCGGGAGCUGGAGAAACAUGGCCGUGACAUGAGGAUGAAGAUCCUCAAGUCGUCCAGCGCUCAGUCUCCAAUCAAGGAGCGAAGCCGUGGGAAGUCUUUGUCCCCACGCCGCCGCCAAGGCAGCCCACAGCGCCGCCUCAUGCACCGCAGAGACAAAUCGCCAGCGUCAGUGGAGAAGAAGCCUCCAGAACUCAGCACGCUCAACGAUGGCUACCAGAUAAGAAUCUGAGCCGGUCUGCUCGAAUCCUUCCAGCAGUAUCCUUCCCAGCCAAAGAUGGGAUGAACUCAAUCAUUUUGUAGCAAAUCCUCCCAGACACAAGUUCUACCAUCUCAAUGGACCAAAUCAUUUUGAGAGAUGGAGCUGAGUGCUCACAUCUUCACGUUUCUUCCAUCCUUUAGUCAUGUCUUCCUAAUGAGGAGGAAACAUCUUGAUGCGCUUCACUCAUGUUGAUUGACAGAUUUACUCUAGGACUAGAAGAGGCGGAGCUUCACAGGAGAACAUGAUCAAUAACAUCAAUCAAUCAAUGAAGAUGUCUCUUUUUAACAUAUACUGUCAGAUAUGAAGGAUCGGCGACAAGAACCUCAAGCUUUCUGUCGUGAAGAAAGGAAGUAGUGCUGAUUUAAAAACCCAGGACUCUUUAGGUUGUUCUUUUAGCACCGCCCACCACAUGGACACAGUAGCACACAAGUGUACAUACUUAACACAUGCAUACGUGUGUGUAAGCAUGUAUGUAUACACACCUAACAUGCAUAUGAGGGAUGCACAAUAGUGUUUUCCUGAACGCAAAACAGCUAUCAUUUCCUGGUUCUCAAGACCGAUACCAAUAACUUAUUUAUAUGUAUAAUUUUUUUAAUCUAAGUUUAAGUGUAGUUUGUGCACACCAGGAAAGAGUCAGUAUUUUCAUCGAUGGAAAAAGGCUGGUCGUCCACGAUGAAAUCACAGAUUGCUUUAGUCCUUGGGUCGUCUCUGGAAAACUUUUUGCAUUUUUCAAACGCUGCGGCUGGAUUUGGGGCAGUGUCUUUAGCUACAGGCGUCUUCAUAGGCUCUCAGAUCACAGCUGUCGCCAUGCUGGUGUUUCAGGUGACGAGUAAGGUUUGAUGUGUUCAAGAAUGAUGUUUUUUUCCCACCUCCCGGAAUGUGUGUAGAAACAUUUGGUGCAAAUAGCACAGGAAAAGCCUUUCUUUGAAACACUUAAGAAGUCCCGCACGAUUGACACGACAUAUUUUUACAAUUAAUUUAGGGGAUAUUGACAAGAGGCAAGUAAUCUCACCUCAAUGGAGCCUUUUUUUUUAUUCAGUUAUUAGCUACUUUUAAUGUUAUCGAAUUUGUGCGUGUGAUGUCAUAAAACACUACAUUGGUUCAAAUUAUCGUGCAGCCUUAAUGCUUACAUGUGUUAAGUUUGUACACAUUAUGCUUGUACAUGAACAGAUAUAUGUGCCUAUACAUGUACAUGCUUAACAUUUGUGUAUACAGUCAAGGAUAAAAUCAUUUCAUACAUCUGGAAA